CUCCAGCUGAUUGUUGUUGUUUAUUCCCAGUUCCUUAUUGUAGUUGUUAUAACAAACUCUGGGAAGUAUUUGUGGGUUGCUGUUGUCAUAAGGCCGUGAAACACUGCCUUGUUUAUUACAAAGGGACGCCGUCUCACUCAGUAGACGAGGCGCUUUGUAUUAAUUAAAAAUUGUCUUACUUUGAAGGUUCUGUGACUGACAUAACUAAUUAUAGUAUGGAGUUGGUUAAAAGUGUUAUCGGUCUAGAGUCACCAGGAGGGAGUGUUAGUGGCUGUGUAGCAAGUAUAGAUGGUGCUUAGUCGGGGUCACCGGUGCCCUCGUCGUCACAACACUGGCCCUCCUUCAUGUCUAGUCCACCCCGACUCUCACUUGUCGGGUGUCCCUCAGGCUCACUCCCUCCACACCACAGUUACGACACUGGUCAUGUGUCUCAGUGUACCCUCCCGUCGGUACGUUAUAAAUUCUAGAAAUUCUUCAUCAACUGAUUUUCGUCAGGAGCGGAACUCGCCUCCUGUACCACACCACGCCACCUUACCCUUUUCUGCCUAAAAUUUCUCACUAAGACUCCUCCCCAACUCACGUGCGACCUGUUAUCACUAUGGUGCCUCCCUACAAAGCGCACCACUGUGGGCCAGAGAGGGAGGAACAAGUGUAGUUUUGUGAUGGUGGGAACAGUGAGACGGUGUGUGGAGCCCUGGUCAGUGAUACACUCCCGCCCGUGCCCUCACCACCUCCUCUCUCCUCCCUCACACCUGAUUGAUAACAUGAUAUUGGCCUCGUGCAGCUCUGCAGUAAGUGUUGAUUUAGUGUAAAAAUGGUGAAGAUGGACUGUGACGGUGUUUUUGUUAACAUGAGUUUAAGGCGCUAGUUAACAUGGUCCACGACUGUCGGCGGCGGUCGGCUGUGUUUCCGAGCCUUAAUGUUAACAACAAGUUGGACUCAGAGUUCACCAGUUCGGCCGCUCUCUCCUGCCUCGAGGACUAUUCCCCAAGUGACACUAUGGGUUCUCGAGGCCUCCAUGCGGGCUACGGCACCCUGCCAGGGCCCUUCAUACCGACGACGCCGCAGCAGCGAGAAAAGGGAACGCUAGAGCGGCGUCGAGGACCGUGGCGGGACGCGGGGUUCUGGCUGAGGAUCAUCUCACCAGGUGGCACCAAGCACCUGCAGCGUAGAGGAGCUGCCAACCUUGACUUAUCUGUUAAGUCCGGCACACUCCCCAGGGACAUUAAGUACUCUAGUGAUGACCAAACCUCUCCCGUGUCCUCCCACACCACACCCAUCCGGCCAUAUAGCCAUAACUAUAAGUCAACCAAAACGCCGUUCUUUACGCUCAACCACAGAUCUCAUAAGGAAAGCACAACGCCCUUCAGGAACCUAAACUUGGAGUACGAGCUUGGCUACAGCUGUGGGGUGUGGGAUGGGUCACCACACACACCACCGCCAGGGGUGUUUGAGCGGCUCACCCCCAAGAGUUGUACACUACCUCGGGACCUGCGGUGUUCAGGUCCCCCGGGGUCCCGUAGCUCAACCCGGUCACUCACAUCCACGUGGGGCAGCAAGAGGGGCGGCAAAAGCCCCGGGUCCCCCUGGUGGUGGAGGGCCCUCUCCCCGUCCUCUAUGGCCAGGAAGAUUUUCCCAGAGCGGCGACACUCACCUGCUGACGUCAUCAUAGAAUGG